AGUUUGAAGACCCCUGUUCUAUAUGCAAACCUUGUCUUGGAAUAAUCCAAGAUCGAGCAGAGGAUGAAGAAGUUUCUUAAGGAAAUGCGGCGAUGCUUCUUCUGAUGGAGGACAACGAGGCAUUUAAGAUUACUGGUCAACUUUUUUUACGGCAGACUGUCUAAUGGCCCCCGAAGUAACCGAGCCGCAAAUAAAUCCUUUUAGUUUUUUAGUUUUAAGAUCAUUAUUUUUUAAUUUUAAGAUCAUUAUUCCUUUUGAUCUACAAUAUGACUUUUUCCCCUUCAUUCUCUAAGGAAUUGUCAACUAGGUCAGGUGGACUUUCGAACUACUGUAUACUGUAGUUUUAAAUAGUAGUUUCGUUGUUUAUUUUGAAUUCUUAAAAUAAAUGCUUUUAUUGAGGUAAUGCCCGUAAAGCUCUACUAGGUGGCAGCAGAAUGUUAUAAACAACGUCGGAUCUGAUCAGAACAGAGAAGACAAUCCCUGGACGUAGGGGGUAAAUAAACAAAACAAAACAUGGAAGACGGAAAUGACAUGAGUCUUUUUAGUUCGGCUCUGUUGCUGGGGAAACGGUUGCUAUGUGAACGGCGCCGACAACCAUCCGAAGCGGCGGCUGAGACCAAGGUGGCCGCAAGAUGACUCAAUCGGUGACCGUUGUUCAGCCGCUGGACCACACUGGGAUCCGGUAUCGGAGGAAGAUGGCUCCCAACCGGGCUUUUGAUUUCCUUUAUGAUCCAUUGUAUGAGCUAUCAAGUGAAAAAGAUCAUGCACAGGCAAAUGUCCAAGCUCAUCUUAUUCAUGAUGAAAUGAGAAAAGUACCAGAAUUUAAAGCCAUGUUUAGUAAUUUGAUUCACUAUCCAUCGUACUUUGUGCAAUUAGAAGAAAAAAAUCCUGUUCCUCCAUUCAUUGAUCGAAGGUGGAGAGGAAGGGCACAACAAUGCUUUGAGACUUUUCAGCAGCUUGUGGUAACCCCACCUUCACUUCAGGUGCCCAGAAUUGAAUAUGAAGAUCCUGAAGUUAGUGGAAGGAAUCGCUGGAAAUAUUUUGAAAGACCUUUCAUCCCAUUUGAUAAGCCAAUUCCACUGAAUGUUGUUUAUGCAAUGUCAAAGUCAGAGCUACAGACUCAUCCCUCCAAAUCCAAGGACAAACCAGCCUAUCUCAUUUCACGAACCGUGGAAACACAAACAGAUUAUCGGGAUGGUGAAGCUCAGACAGACCCCUAUAGCCCUGAAUACAUAAUACCUUCAGGUUCAAUACCUGAAUUGUUAACUCUUGCCACGCUGACUUGGGGUCAUGGCCUUCCAGCAACUCAGGCAGAAGUAGAAGUAAUAGAACGAGCCCGGGAGAAACGAGCCUGGGAGGCCACUCUUCCACCGCUGAAUGAUGCUGCACACAUUGCAAAACGGAGGAAAAUGAUGGAGGAAAUGGAGAGAAAGGAGUGGGCCUUUCGGGAGGAAGAAAUAGAAGAACUGCAAGAAGUGAGACUAAACCUUCUAAAGGGCUUGUUGAUGAAGCGAGAAGAGAAGCACAAUGAAUUAAAUGUCAGUUGCUUAGAUACACACUGGUUUAAACUCAUGCAAGAAAAAGAAAAAAAAGUGAAAAAGAUUCAACAUGAACACAUAAAAGCAAUCAGAAGAUUAAUAGCCAAGGGAAAAAAUGUGGAGGGAAAACUAGAGAGAAGAAAUGUAAUUAAGGAAUACACUGAAUAUGAAUCACAGCCUUAUGCUCCAUUAUCAAGAAUUGGCUACUUUCCAGAUAAUCAUGCAGAUCGUUAUGUAGUGAAGAAUUCCUUUCUCAACACCUACGAAGGAUUACUUGAACUAGAAGCAUUUCUUCCUAAUUCCGUUACACAGCCCCGAACUGAAGCUCCAAAACCCAGAAGUUUAACCACAAAAGAUGGAUUCACUAAACGGUCUGCUAGACUAGAGAUGGAAUUAGCACAGGUUUACCAGAUAUUGCAAGACAGGAAAUAUCAUAUUAAGGAGCCACAUAAGCCACUACGUUUUCUUCAGAGGUUAUCAAAGAUUUUGGUUCAUCCACCCACUCCAGAAUUGGAAAUACCAUCACUAAUAGAUGAAGAGAGAGAAUUGGCUAUAACUAUACUACAGAAAUUAAUACGAGGCAGAGCUAUCCAAAACAUGAUGUUUGAAGGAAAGGAAAAACGUCUAGAAUUGAUUUAUGAGUUACGCACUACACAUGCACUUCAGGAAGAUGGACAGUUGUUGAAGAAGGCUGAAAAACAAGUGACUUUAGCCUUACAACGGCAGCGGGAUUUGCACGAACAUAAGAUGUCUCUCAUGGAAAAGCAUUUGGCUCGUGUAGAAGGAAGAGUCCUUGCAAAUAUGUUGGAUUUCCUCUCUAAAGAACUGACUCGACUACAGGAUGAGCGGAGAAUCCAUGCUUUUGCUAUGCUAGCAGAAAGGCAGCGCCGAAUCCGGGAAGCAGAGGAAAGUGGACGUCGACAGGUAGAGGAGAGACGCAGACGUGAAGAGGAUGAGAUCUUUAGACAGGUUAUUAAAGUACACCAAAAAACAGUUGAUUCUUAUCUAGAAGAUGUUAUCUUGAACAGCAUGGAGAGUACAGCUGAAGAACAAUCUAGGGAAGAGAUUCAAAGAAUGGCUGUAGAAAUCAACAAUAUUGCUUAUGAAAUGGAAACACGUCAGAGUAAUCUACAGUCUGAAGAGAUUGUGGCAGAGCUAGUUUAUGGCUUCCUGAUCCCUGAAGUGAGAAAAAUGACCAUUAAGGAAAAAGUAGGAGAGGCAGAAAUGACAUCUGACCUAAGCUUGAAGAAAUGAACGGCAGUGUAUUUUUUCUUCCAGGUUGGAUCUCCCUUUGAUGAAUUUUCACCCAUUACUUCUUGUCCUGCCCUCAGGUGCUAUGGAGAAUGGAUUGUCCCCCUUCUUCUUUAUGAGAGCCCCAUAAGUGUUGGAAGACUGAUGUUAGGUCUCAGGCUAAACAUGCCUAGUUCCCUUAACCAUUCAUCAUACUAUUCAACCUCCAGACCCCUUAUCUUUGUUGUUCAUCUUUGUACUCUUUCUAAUACCUGAGCAUCUGUUUUGUAUUGUGACCAGAAUGCAAUAUUUCAAAUGUGAUCUUAUUAGUGCAGUACUAAUAAGUGCUAUUAUCAUUUCUCAUGAUCUUGGUGCUGUCCCUCUCUGCUUUUUUGGCAGCUGCAGCACACUGCCGAUUCAUACUUAAGUGGUGGUCCACUAGGACAGCUAAAUCCCUCUCAUAGGCACUACUGUUGAGCCAAGUACCACCUAUUUUGUAUUUGUGCAUUUGAGUUUUCCGGCCUAAGUGCUUGGAAAGCAUUAUGAAGCUAACUUUGAUUUUAUUUGGUCCUAGUUGCUGACCUCCAUCUUAAGGAAAUCAUUGUAAUUCCAUGCAUUGGCAAUUAGCUUUUAGUGAUACUUGUUUACUCCAUUUUGCAUGCUUAUCUCACUAUUAUAUUCUAUCUUUCAGAUGCCUUGGCUUGUGGCUCAAUAUAGAGAAAUAAUUUCUACUUUGUUAAGGGCCUGUUGGGACUUGUUUGAUGAGAAAGAACUCGGUCUCUUUCCCAGUUAUGUCACAUCUCUUGUAGUAGGGGAAUGACUGGCACACCCUAAAAGUUUGGGUUUGUACACUAUUAGAACCAAAUAUCACAUUGAAAUAGGUUUAGUUACAGUCCUGUGCUUUGGAAGACUGUUGUCUUCAUAUGUGUAUUUCAUUGGAGAGGGCAGGGAAAAAAGGGGGACUGAACGUUCCCAACCCAUUGUUGGUCUCUCUUUCUCUUUUUUCAUUCUUUUUCUCAAAACAGUGAGGCAGGCUCAGAGAAAGCAUAUUCACGCUGCUCAUCAGAUUAUCCAUGGAAACACAGAGACAGCAGUAGAACAGCUCUUUUCCCCAGGGUUUCAACAAGCAUCCAGUGUAGGUGUUCCUCAGAUUGGAUUGCUUUC